AUGUCUGCGGCGACGUCGCUGUCACUGUCGCUGUGGGCGCUGCCAGCGUCGGACACGGCGCUGGCGCUGGGCAGCUGGCUGGUGAUCUUCGUGUUCGCGCGCUUCUUCUUCUCGUGGUGGCUCUUCCGGGACUACGCCGUGCGCAGCGCCGCCACGCCGCUGCUGUUCGCGGCGUCGCUGACCUUCUCGCUAUCGAUCUUCCAGAUGGUCCUGUUCGAGGUCACGGACGUGAUGCGCGUGGGCAGCCGCCAGUGGGUCUGGCGCAUGGACCUCAUCGCCAUGACGUACCUGGUGGUGCUGGUGCUGCCGCUGUCGCUGUUCUACGCCAUGGCCAGGGAGUACGGCGUGGCCCGACGACAAGCGGCCAUCUCGGCGAGUGCAAUGCUGUUGGUGUACCUCUACGGCUUCUGGAGACUCGGAGGAGUGUUGGAACAGGACCUGCCGAAACAAUCCGUGGAAGAGAAAAAGGAGCUCUGGAAGACGAGAUAUGAGGAUUGUUGUCAUUUAGGUGCUGAUACUGCGGUGUACUUGUCGUUGCUAGCGUUGUUCUCUAUCAGGAACUUUGUGAGUCGAGUGAGCUUGCUGGGGGUCGUGUUCAUGGCGUUGCUGUCGGGCUUUGGUGCUGUGAACUGUCCGUACGAGUACAUGACGUUCUUCUGGCGGCGUGUGGCGGAAGAGGACAUUGAGUUUCUUGAGAAGAGGCUGCGGCAUAAUCUGGAGAUGCUUUUUGCCAAGAAGAAGAGGCUCACAUUGGAGUUACGGGCGUCAGCUCGACGCCAGGACGAGGCCAUUGCAGGCGGAGGCAAGAAGGGGUCGAUCUUCUCCAGGGCGUUCGGCUUCUUCUCGUCUGCGAAGGACGACACGACGUACAUCAAGGGACUCGAGGCGGAGAUCUUGACGCUGGAGAGUCUCGGUCGGGAGUUGUUCCUGGAGGUGAAUGACUUACGAGAUGUGCAGGAACGAUCGCUUCGGGCGCGUACGUUGCGCGGGCGUGUCUUCAACUUCUUCGGCUAUGUCAUGUCGGCGUUCUGCAUGUACAAGAUGGUCAUGAGCACGGUGAACGUUGUAUUUCGACGGAAUCGGGACAAGGACCCCAUCACGGAUGCUGUGGAGAAGCUGCUGUACAUUUGGCCAUCGCUGGCGGAGCAACUCAACAUCCGCUUCGUGUCGGAGGUCGCCUCGCUUGGCUUCGUGGGCAUUCUCGUGUUCACCCAGACCCGAGGCUUCUUGGUGACACUGUUGAAGUUCUUCCGUGCCUAUUCCAGCACAGUGUCCUCGAACAGCGUCGUGCUCUGGUUGGCGCACCUCAUGGGCAUGUACUUUGUUUCGUCCUUCGUGCUGAUGCGCAUGAAUCUCAGCCCGCUGCAUCGCCAACGAAUCGACGAGGUGCUGGGCGAGAUUGAGUUCAACGUGUUCCACCGUUAUUUCGACAUGAUGUUUGUGGUAAGCGCCUCUUGCAGCCUCGGUGUUUUGGCACUGACCAAGUUUUCGAAGGCGUCGCGCACAGCCAACAACGACUACGGCGUUCAUGAUAAAUUCCCAUGA